AUGGACGGCACAAAACUCCCCGAGAUCCCAGCGCUCAGGCUGCAAGAAGGGGUCGAAAAAGAGCAGGUCGACGCCGAACACAUCUCCGCCGAUUGGCUUGCGAGACUGCAACGCCGCUUCGAGGAACAAUCCUUCGGCGAUCUGUCGGACUUGUUCAUCGAUGACUGCUGGUGGAGGGACAUUGUAGGCUUGUCGUGGGACUUCACCUGCAAACAAGGCCGAGAAAAGAUCAGCAGGUACCUCGCCGCGGCAGAAUAUGGCCUCUCCAACCUGCAGACGACCAAGAUCGGCGGGCUCAAGCCACUGCUCCUCGAUUUUGGCGGCAUGGUCUGGAUCCAAGCCGGGUUCACGUUCAAGACGCCGCACGGCGAGGGAAAGGGGCUACUGAAGCUGGGAAAUGUCAGCAAGGACGAGUGGAAAGCCUGGACCGUGUUCACGCAGCUGGAGAAGCUUGACUUUCAGAAAGAGGUGGAGGCGCAAAGGGCUGCGUCGAUUCCGCCCCCCAAAGAGCCCGUCGCCAAUGGCGUCAACGGUGACACUGAAGAAGACCUCCAGGUCUUGAUUGUUGGUGCCGCCCAAUCCGGCCUCAACCUCGGCGCGCGCCUUCAACACAUGGGCAUCAAAACUCGCCUCGUAGAAAGAAGCGCCCGUCUCGGCGACUCAUGGCGGGACCGGUACCAGAGCGUAACCCUUCAUACGCCUACCUACACUGAUCACUGGGCCUUCAUGAAGAUCCCCGAGACAUGGCCCCGGUUCCUGACAGGGGACAAAGUGGCCGACUUCAUGGAGCACUACGGGCAGCUCAUGGGGCUCGAUAUCGCGUUCAAGACUGAGGUUACGAAAGCCACGUACGAUGAAGAGGCUCAAAAGUACCGGGUCGAAGUACGGACUCCGGAGGGAACGCGGACGAUCUCGGCGCGGCAUGUGGUUCUGGCGACGGGCGUGUACGGCGACCAGCCCAAGAUCCCCCAUUUUCUGGGGCAGGAAUCAUUCAAGGGACAGAUCUACCACUCCAAGUACCACAAGACCGCCGCCGAGAUCCCCGACGUGCGGAACAAGAAGGUGGUGGUCAUCGGCUGCGCCACGAGCGGCCACGACAUCUCGGCGGACUUCGUCGCGCAUGGGGCCAGAGAGGUGACGAUGGUCCAGCGGCACCCGAUCUACUCCAUCUCGCGCGAAUCGUGGGAGAACUUGAUGCUCUCGCUGUGGAACAUGGAGGGACUGAGCACGGAAGAGGCGGACAUCGUCGGCAACGCGAUCCCGCUGGCGUUGAUCCGAACUAUGAGCAUCGGUCUGACGCAGGCGAUGGCGGCAAACGACAAGGCUGUCCACGACGGCCUCAAAAGGGCAGGUCUCGAGAUGAAGGAGGGGCACGACGGAUACGGUCUGGCGGAUUACCAACUCAUCAAGGGUGGGCAGUACUACAUAGACCAAGGGGCGAACCAGAUGAUCGUCGACGGCAGGAUCAAGAUCCAGCGAUGCGAAGAGGGGGUCCAGGGGUUCCAGACGGACGGUCUGACGCUGGCGAAUGGUACAAAGCUGGAGGCGGACGUCGUGGUGCUGGCGACGGGAUUCGAGAGUAACGUGACAACCAUUGACAAGCUGCUCGGACCCGAAGUGGUCAAGAAGAUCGAGGGCUUCGGAGGACUGGACCACGAGCAGGAGCGCUCCGGGUGGUGGAGAGCGACAGGCGUGCCUGGGUUCUGGUAUAUGACGGGCAGCUUCAUGUACUGCCGACAGUUCUCCUUGCCGUUGGCGCUGCAGAUCGCGGCGGUCGAGAAGGGCCUGAACCGGUCCUACUAUGGCAAGAAGACGACCCCGCAAUAG